AUGACCCAUUGUGUGCACCUGCUACAGAACACUCGUCCUCAUAGGGCACCCAUCAGAGUGGCUAAUGGACUUGUGGUCUAUUCAGAGCUUGUGGGGGAGAUAGUGCUUAGGCCACUAAUCCAUGGACAUGCCAGGAGCCGGUCUGUGAUCCUCUCCAAUGUGCUCUAUGUCCCUGCUCUGUCACACAAUCUGAUCUCCACUACAUACCUGUCAGUUCACCAUGACUACACUGUGCUCAUGAAGGAGAACUACAUCCUGUUCAAGCGCAAUGGUGAAGUGUACUUUGUGGCAGAUAUCUCAGAGCAGGGUCAGGCAUUUGUGAGAGAGACUGUCAUGGAUAAAGAGCUGGUUACUGGUGUGAGGCUUGCCUCUGCUAGGAAGCCAGACCCCAUCUGUGAGCCAUGCCUCUUUGGCAAGCUGAAUGCUGGCCUGUUUCCCUCAACUGGUCAUCGUUCUGGAGCGCCUCUUGAUCUCAUUCACUCUGAUCUAAAGAGCUACUCUGUGCCCACCCGAGAGGGCUGGAAGCACAGGGUGACUUUUGUUGAUGAUCACACUGGCUUCAAGGUAGCAUACCACAUGAAGAACAAGAGUGAGACAUUUGCAGCCCUUAAGAUGUUUCAAGCGUAUGCUGAGACUCACUGGGGGCUCAAGAUCAAGGCAUUCCAGGACGAUAAAGGGGGAGAGUACAUGUCUAAUGAGUUCAGAUCACAUCUGGACAAGUGUGGCAUUGUGCACCGCCAUUCAGUCAGGGCGCGGCCUCAGCAGAAUGGGACAGCAGAGCGGUCUAACCGCACCGUUGAUGAGCACUCCACUGCCAUGUUACACGAAGCCAACCUGCCCCCUGCAUUCAGGGCACUGGCGGUGUCUGCAUACAUCCAUGUGUGCAACAUGCACCCCACAGCUCGAGACCCUACCAGGACUCCCCAUGAGCUGUGGUUCAAGGCAAAGCCUGAUGUGUCUCAUCUGCGUGUUUGGGGAUGUCUUGCCUAUGUGCAUGUGCAAAGAGACAAGAGAGGUCCUUCUGGGCAUCAUGUCCAGAAGUGUAUCUUUGUAGGCUAUCCUGCAGGGUACAAGGGAUAG